UUUCCCGGAAAUGAUUGGUUGGCAUUGGCAACGUUUUAGCCAAGUCUGACGGCGUACACAGUCUCUGAAUAAAGAAAUCGAAAGGAAGGGCCAGAAAAAAGAAUUCAGCUGAGGACUUCUGAUCCUUUGUGUUCUUCAAAUCCACUCACCACAGAGGAGCGAAGAGCGAGUGCAGACUGCAAACAGAAUGACCAGCUCAUCUGCUCCCAGGAUGGUGAACAGUUACAAGCGGACUUCAAGCCCUCGGUCCCCGACUAAUAGUGGGGAGCUUUUCACCCCAGCACAUGAGGAAAAUGUGCGCUUUAUACACGAUACCUGGCAGUGUGUGCUCAGAGACAUCAGAUCAACACAAAAUAGUGAACGUAAUGACCGUGGACCACAGGAGUAUGUGGAGAAGAACCCAAAUCCUAACCUACAUUCUUUCACACCAGUGGACCUGAGUGACCUCAAGAAACGCAGCACACAGGACUCCAAAAAGUCCUAGUCUUUCUCAUGAUGGUCCGGUCGCUUUUUUCCACCCAUUAUCCUCGAGAACUUUUCCUCCAUCAGCCAAGUCAGCCCUGUUGGCCCUUCUAGCACAGAAUGCCAUUUCUGCCUCAUUUCUGAUCUCUGGACCAUAGCAGCCCCCCAUCUUGCUCUUUACCCUUUACAAGUAAGAAGAAAAGAAGUGGGAUUUCGGAGGAGCACAAAUUCUCCUGUGUCCUGGUUCAUGUUUUUCAAGUCAGAAAAUCUUCAUAUGUAGAUUCUUUAUGUGGAUGGGACUGAUGCAAACUUUUAUUAAAAAUUCCUGACAUCUGAUGCAGAGGUACAAACUGUUGACACUCUCCACAGGACACAAAAGACUGCAGUCUUAAAUACAAACCCUUUUUCUUCACUACUGCUACUUAUAUGACUUUGGAAGAAAAUGCAAAAGGGCUGGCUUCUAAUUUUUUUUUUUUUUUCUUGUUUUGUUUUGGAAGAUAGUUUGAUCAGUAAAAUGUAGAGGUAAUGUAAGGGUCACAUUGGAUACGCAGUUUAUGGGCAAGUUUUGGAAGCCAAAUCUAUGUAGAAGGCCAACAUUUUAUUACAAUUUUUUUUGUCCUCAAAUGGACUUAACGAAGUAGAGACCUCCCCGAAUAUGCUGUCCUUGGAUAACUCCCAUCCCCUAAGCCUUGAAACAAAAUGUUGAAUAAAGGACUUUUACAGAA